AUGAUGGAGCUCCAGCCCAGUGACUCAAUUGGCCGGCCCAAUCAUCCGAUUUGUCAAGUCUGGGUUUUUCUUCUAGGAUCAAAUGAAGAGCCUCAUCUACGACGAUAUUCCUAUAGAUUCUACGGAAGACCUUAUUGUCCGGAUACCCAAACAGAAGAAUUAAAGGUACUCGUAUUAAUUAACUGUCUUGGCUCACAACAAUACCAGCUGCUUUCGAGUCUUACUGCACCGGAUAUUCCGUCGACAAAAACAUUUCAAGAACUGCUAUUGCUUUUAAAGAAGCAUCUAUCACCGAAACCGAAUGUUCUUACCGAACAACAUAAUUUUUUUUCUAGACAUCAACAUCAAGGUGAGUCGAUUUCUACUUUCGUUUCUUCAUUGAAAGAUUUAACAAAAAAUGCUGAAUUCAAAUCUGAAUGUAAUUCUAAUAACUGUUCUAAAUCUAUGUUAAACUUAUUAUUACGAUCACAAUUUAUCAGAGGUUUAGCUGAUGCCGAUAUUCGUGAAAAAUUAUUGCAACAAGGUGAUGCUACAUUUGAUAAAACUAUUGAAAUUACCUUAGCAAUUGAAGCUGCUAAAAUCGAAAAUAAAGAAGUUUAUAAGAGUAAUUAUCCUAAUUUCAUUAAUAAAAUAUCAAGUGGCUAUAUAAAGAAAAAGUUCAACAGUAAUUUUCGAAAUUCCGAAAACGAAAGUAAACAUCAAAACAGAAGUAGAUCAAAAUCGCCUAUGAAAAAUAAAAGCAGUAUUAACUUAAAAGAACUUGGAUUAGAGGGAUUAUAUUUACAUUGUGGAAAAACAAAUCAUAAAACUCAAGAUUGUUUUCUUAAAAAUAAAUUACGAUGUUAAUCUUGCAUGAAACGAGAUCAUUUAGCUAACGUGUGUAUAUCAAAACAGUUCAGAAAUAGAUCUAGAAAUCGAAAUAUAAAUCAAAUAACGGAUGAUUCUAAUGAACUAAGUACUAACAUAAAUCAAAUUUAUGAUGUAUUUUUGAACGAUUUCAAUCAUGAUGACAAAAUGUAUGUUCCAGUUAAAUUGAAUAGCAUUGAGCAUCGCUUCGAAUGCGAUUCCGGAAGUAAGGUUAGCAUAAUAAAUAAUGACGAAUUCAAAAAAUUAUGUCUGAAUGUACCGAUAAAAAAAACGAAUGUAUCUUUUAGAAGUUAUACGGGACAAAUUUUUAAGCCUCUUGGCGUUGCCCAGAUUAAAGUAUCAGAUCAAAAUAAAUCUAGCUUUGAAGAUUUGUAUGUUGUUUCGAUAAAGAAAAAUUCUAUAUUAGGGCGUGAUUGGAUUAGAAACUUGAAUAUUAAUUUAAAUGAUCUUCACAUUAUUUCUUCACAAAAUACAAGUAUUAAACCCAGCAUUACUUGUACUGAUUUUUCUAUACAGAAAAUUAUUGAUUCUUUUUCUGAUGUGUUUGAACCUAAAAUUGGUUGCAUUCCUGAUUAUACUUGUACACUAAAGCUAAUUCCAGAUGCUAAACCCAUUUUUAUUAAACCACGUACUGUACCGUAUGCUUU